AUUCCCGUUUUUGUUUCUGGGUAGGAUUAGGAAAAACCUAAACUGUUCCACUAUAUAAAAGCUAUACAAAGGUUAGAAGAGACUUAACUCCAAGCUCAUGUGUAUGCUCAGUGUAAUCUCUGUAUUAGUUUACUCUUCUGUUUGAAAUAGAAACAAGAAAAUGCCAUACUAUGCAAUUGAGAGAUAUUAAAUUCAGCAGUGUUGGGAUUCAGAAAGUUUUCUGUAGAGAAAGCUAUCUAACUGUACACUGCAUUUGCUUUAGGCAUAAUUAUCUUUGUAUUCAGAAGGGCCUUUUAACAAAGAGAGGCUUAUGUGCAUUGUGAGCUUGAAUAAGAACUUCUGAAAGAAUGCAGUGAAAAGCAGACAUUGGAUGGUGCUGUACUUGAUAACUGGACUUUGCCACUUCAGACUAAUGCAACAGUGCUUGUUAGCUACUUAAGGCAAAGUAUGGCAAUAAAGGAUAGUAUGCUUUGAGUUAAUUAACAUAGUUAAUUAUCAAUUAAAUAUGGUCUUGCAGUCUAAAAGAAAGUUGACUUGUUUGCAGAAAUUGACUGACAUUCUUUUGUAAUCAUUGAAUGGUUCCUUUCAACAAAAACUAGAGGGCGACAAAGAAUAAAACACUUGUUUAAUAUAUUUCUCAGUGCAUCCCUUCAUUUGUGGAGAGUAGGUACAUUCUCUUGAAGACAAUAGUAUCUUGAAAAACUUCAAAUUCCGCUUGUUUAACAUCUUGUCUCUGCCUUGGGGAAAUGUAACAUUCUGAUGAUUGAGGAGGAAACCCUUAGUACAGUACAGAAUGGGUUGGUUGUGGGUUUUUUUAUCUUCGUUCUGUUUUUGGGCUGCUUUAAUAGCUGGUAAGGGAAGCCUAUUUUACCAGUGCUUGGAUAUUUAGCUUUCAGACACCUAGUGAUUUAACAUUGGAACAUCAAAGCCUUUUUCUUCUCCAACCUGCUUGCUCAUCCCUGGUGGAUGCUCGUACCUCUGAUGCAGGAACAUCUGGCUGCUCAGUAGUCAACUUCUCUACAUUAGUUGUGGUGUUGUAUAUAUAAAGCAAGAUUGACUUGCUUUUAUUGUAAUAUGCUGAGUUGAAGGUUACCACAAGAGCAGUUCAGGAGUGAUUCAUAGUGUCUUGGAGUAUGUGGGACAGGAUAACAUCCAAGGUGUGCAAGAGUUACUGGUCAGUGCCGCUAAAGGCAGAUUUCAACAGAUUUAAACUGACCACUGUGAGCAUGUGUGUUGAUGAGAGCCCCAGUUUGUUUUUCUAGCAAGUAGGGGCCUUCCUUUAGCAUGUUAUUGAGAUUUUUAGCAUAAUUUUGAAAUAUGGUUUCUAUAAAAACACCUCUGUGUUUCUAGUAUGUAACCUUAAUCAGAAUGGAAAAUAUUUUCUAAGAUUAACUAUUUGAAGACUUGCUAUUAACUACUCACUGAUUUUGUGAUUAGUAGGUAACUUAAAGUAAUAACAGAUGUAGGUUUUAGAUAUGCAGAUAAACAUGUUAAGCUGUAGUGGCAGAAGAUACAAAUUUCCCUGAAACUGCAGGCUGUGGAAAUCAUGCUUUGAAGUAAUUUUUGAGAUGACUUACAAAGGGAAAAAUACACCUGUAUGACUGCUUUAUGAGCAAGAAAAUUUCAAAACUUACUUGUACUUCUAUAACCUUUAACCAAGGUGGGAUUGUCAAGAGCUGGAAUUCUGGGCUUUAAUAUUCUGUUCAAAUAAUAUAGAUGUACAGAAUUGUACAUGUCAGAGCUGUUGGAAGAAAUGCUGUUUGUUGCAUCAAGAUGAGAGGUAUCUAAGAGGUGAGAGAAAUCUUGUGGUUGCUGAGAUGAACUGUUGGAAAAGAAUAAUGGGAAUUCUUCCUAAUUUUUGCUUCCAUAUGUCUUUAAUGUGAGGAAAGGUUGAUUGUUUAAUUCUUCUGUGUUGAUCAGUUACAAUCUAUUGGCUUCAGACCUGCUAUGUUUUAAUAAUAGGCUACAGUUGUCAAGGAAAUCAUGCUUGAUUCAUCUUUAGUGAACAUAAUUUUGUACAAGCAGACUUCUGGUUUCAGCACCUCUGUCUUUUUUGUAGCUGCUUUUCUAACCCAAACUGUGUGUCUUGACGAUACGACGGUAAAAUUUGAAAUUUGGGAUACAGCUGGGCAAGAGCGGUAUCACAGUUUAGCCCCUAUGUACUACAGAGGAGCGCAAGCAGCUAUAGUUGUAUAUGACAUUACAAAUGAGGAGUCCUUUGCCAGAGCAAAAAACUGGGUCAAAGAACUUCAGCGUCAAGCAAGUCCUAACAUUGUAAUAGCUUUAGCAGGAAACAAAGCUGAUCUAGCUAACAAAAGAGCUGUGGAUUUCCAGGAAGCACAAGCUUAUGCAGAUGAUAACAGUUUAUUGUUCAUGGAGACAUCUGCCAAAACAUCUAUGAACGUAAAUGAAAUAUUUAUGGCAAUUGGUGAGUUGAUGGGGGGGGGCAGGGAAUUUAAUAUAAAUGUUUUCUGGAGAAUUGGUGAGUUGAUGAGGCGGGGGAAAAAAAAAAGAGAAUUUAAUAUAAUUCUUUUCUUGAGAUGCAUAUAAUUGGAAGCAUCUGAACUCAAGUUCUUUCAGACUUUCACAUAAAUUAUUUUUCUUUCUGUGGCACUAAUGUUUCCACAGGCCCCUUCAGCUACUUUAUGAUGUUGAGAUAAACUGAAUUGAAGCAUAUUUGCACAGGUCUUCUAUCAGGCAUUUAGAGCUUGGAUUAAUUUGGAGUAGCUGAACAAGCUUACAUUAAUUUGAAUUCUGUCACCAAGUUUCAUGCAACUGUCUUUAUGUUGUGAUCAGUGGUACUGCUUCAAGUUGAAGCAAAAUUAAGCUGUAGUUGCUGUUACAUAUAAAAAAAAAAAAACCUUUCCUGUGGCGUAGCUAAUCAUUAAAAUUUUAAAUAGUUUUUCUUUAACAAAUCUAAAAUAUAUUUUAUGGUUAUUACAUUAGUAUGAGAAUGUAAGUAAAAAUAUAUAAAUAAGUGACUCUUAAUGCUAUGCUUUUUGCAGCAGAUCUCAUACUGCCUUGGGUAGGUGCAAAAGCUAUAAUAAUGUACUUACAAGACAAUCAUAAUUGAAGCUGGAAACAUAUCAAAGUAGGAGAUGACAGUGACUUGCUUUAAAGAAGUCAAGAGUAUUUGUUUUAGUCUAAUUAGAGUAUUUGCUAAAUACUGUUUUAUUUUAAAAUUGUUUGAAUUUCAAAUGCAGCAAUGUAAAAUGCAAAGGGUGUGCCAAGAAUGAGAGUUUGUGUUUAAGUUUAAAGUCUGAGUUCAAGUGAAGAGUACUUUGUGAAAAGUGAAUUUACUAAUGUAUUUUUAGCACUAACAUUCCUUAGGAAUUUCUGUAAAGGUGAUAACACAUAAUAGAAAGUUGAAAUUACUAACAAUCUUGUGAAUUCCCUUGAUAGAUAUAACAUAUUUCAUUAUAAAAAAAAAGAGAGAGAAAGAGGACUCUUUUAGGUGGGUUACUUGCCCUAUUUAAUAAUCUUAAUUGGAGUAGUCACUCUGUUACUAGGAGGGAACAAUGAAGUAUAGUGUCAAAUAACUGUAUUAAUCUGUUUUUCAUGUUGCACUAUGGUGACCUCUCUUGCUUUCAAAAUAAAUUGUUUUUAAAGAGUCCUUUUUCUUUGCAAACCAAUAAAGUGGAAGGUAACCUAAUGCAGUUUGAACUUCCAGCAAAUGCAAAUUACAUUAUGACUGUAGCAAUAUUUUACAGCAAGUACUCUCUUUACUAUAAAUAUGUGGGGUGAGGGGCGGGGUUGUACAGAAUUCUAAGUAGAAAAUAUAUUUUUGUCAUAAAUGCUGGAGGUAGCACUGUAUUUAAUGAUACAGAAAUGGUCAAUUAUAGUCCUCUUUGCAGUACUACAGCUUAGCUGUAAUUUUUUUUAACAUCACGGUGCAAACUGCAUCUUUAAAAGAAAUGUGAAAAAAAUGAAUCUUCAAAUUCUGUUGGGAUUUUGAUAAUUUAUUAUAUAAACAGUAAUUCCUACCUGUCUCUACUUUAAUGAAGUACACACAAUAAAUCUGACAAAAAUACAUACUACAUACUUAGUACCUGGGUACUUGGUCUGCAAGGUUCCUAGUCCGUGUGAGUAUUCUUUGGGUGAAAUAGGUGAAAUUCAGACUUAGCAUUGCAUCAGAACAAGAUCUGUGCAGCACUGAGAUUAGAAUAGCCUUUUGUACAACAUGGGUUCAUUUCUAAGGACCAUAUGUAAAUGUGGUCUUCCAAUAAUGUGAGAAAAGUCAAAAAUGAGAACACAGGAAGGAGUGGAUGUAAGCUACAACUGCUUGUGAAUUAACAGCUUUAGAGGUUGUUCAAGGCUUCCUGUUAUUAAAAAAUAAAAAUAAAAAAUAAAAA